AUGCUUGCCGAUCCUGAGUUCCAUACACCCGACAAAGUUGAUUUGCUUAUUGGUGGAGAACUAUUUCUCGACAUCCUCAAACCGAGUUCGAUUCAUCUUGCCGAUAGAUUACCACAGCUACGAGACACUCACUUCGGAUGGGUCGUAGCUGGUGUCAUCAUUGAUCCGCACGUAGUCAACGUGUCCCUCCAGUAUUCGCACACAACCGUCGAAGACAUCGAGCGAAAAAUGCAACAGUUCUGGCAAACAGAAGAAGUGCCUAACGUUCCAAAACUGUCAACAGCCGAAAUACCAUGUGAGGCACAUUUUCUUUCCACUUACCAACGUAAUGAAACAGGAAGGUUUAUUGUCAAGCUACCAUUCAAGGAGAAUCUUUCCCAGCUGGGUAAUUGUCGUUCUCUGGCCUUGAAGCGAUUUCUCAUGCUGGAGAAACGAUUGAUUCGAAACCCUGAGCUGCAAACCCAGUACGUAGCCGAGUCGGAGGACGUACCAAACCAACAAGUGUAUUACCUCCCGCACCAUGCAGUACUGCGGCCGUCCAGCUCGAGCACGAAAUGCCGUGUCGUGUUCGACGCAAGCGCAAAAUCUUCACCAUUGGAAGUUUCCCUUAAUGAUGUACCUCAGAUCGGCCCAGUAGUACAAAACGACUUAUACCAUAUUGUGCUACGAUUCCGUACGUUUAGAGUGGCCUUCACCGCAGACAUUUCAAAAAUGUACCGCCAGAUACUCGCAGCUCCAUCGGACCGUCAAUUUUUGAGAAUUUUCUGGAGAGAAAAGCCGUCGUUACCUUUGCGCGUGUUGGAAUUAUGCACUGUCACGUACGGCACUGCCUCGGCACCGUACCAAGCAACAAGAUGUUUACUGCAACUUGCCGAAGAGGACGGUAGAGAAUUUCCUAUUGCUACGCGCAUAGUAAAGGAAGAGACGUACAUGGAUGAUGUACUCUCGGGUGCAGACUCAGUGGAACAGGCCCUUGAGGCGCAGAACCAGCUGAAGCAGCUUAUUCGCCAGGGAGGCUUCCCUAUACAUAAGUGGUGUUCCAACUCGCAAGAGUUCCUCGAGCACAUACCGGUCGAUGAGCAGGAGAAAAUGGAUGCUUCCGAAAACCGUGGUGUGAAUUCAGCUAUUAAAGUGCUCGGAUUGCGUUGGAAUCCUACCACAGAUACACUUUCCAUCGCAAAUCAUACGAAUCCAUCGGUCCCAAAAUUGUUGACGAAACGAAUACUGUAUUCAGAAAUCGCUAAGUUCUUUGAUCCCCUAGGCCUGGUGUCACCGGUAAUAGUGAAGGCGAAACUUCUAGCGCAGCAACAGUGGCAAGCUAAGAUUGGAUGGGAUGAUCCUGUGGACGACAAUAUAAAGGAACAGUGGCAAGAGUUACAAAGUUCAUUGAUUCAUUUAAAUGAUAUCGAGAUUCCAAGAUGCGUGCUCUCCGACAGUGCGGUAACCUAUGACGUACAUGGUUUUUCAGAUGCUUCUACAGUAGCAUAUGGAGCAUGCAUUUACCUCCGAAGUCUAUUUGCCGAUGGGUCGGCCUCGCUUUGUCUUCUAACCAGUAAAUCAAAACUGGCCCCCUUGGAAGAACUCUCCAUUCCGCGGAAGGAACUGUGUGCCGCUUUAUUGCUAUCCAGACUAGUGCAGAAGGUGUUGCCAGCUUUAACGAUGAAAAUCCAGGAAACAGUACUGUGGUCUGACAGUACGAUUGUUUUAGCAUGGAUUAAAAAACCACUGAAUCAACUACAACAGUACGUGCGCAAUAGAAUCGCUCUGAUUCAAGAGCAGACUAGUGAGCAUCGAUGGAAGCAUGUCAGAUCGCAGCAAAACCCAGCCGAUAUCAUCUCCCGAGGCCAACUUCCUGAGUAUCUUCAGAACAAUCCGCUCUGGUGGAGCGGUCCCGAAUUCCUGAAUAGGGAAAAGUAUAAAGUAGACGUGCCCGAAACUAUACCUGAUGAAGAGCUACCAGAACUUAAAUCCAUGGUGACAGUGUCAAACGAUGAUGGUUUGCUGGCCCAUUUCCACAAGCAAAGUAGUUUCCGUAAAAUUCAACGAGUCGUGGGAUACAUUUUGCGCUUCGCUCAGAAUUGUAAGAAGAAGCGUGCCGAACGUGAGCUUGGGACACAUUUAACCGUCAGUGAGCUACGCCAAUCCACGGAAACCAUUGCAUAUGUCGUACAGCAGUUCCAUUUUGCCGAUGAAAUCAAGCGCGUUGUUACCAAUCAACCGUGCCGAAAACUUGGUAAUUUACGCCCGGUUUACGUCAAUAAGCUUCUCCGCGUGGGUGGUCGGUUGGAUCGCUCGCAACUACCUUUCGAGAAUCGUCAUCCUAUAAUAUUGCCGGAUAAGGAUCCGGUGGUGCGGCUGCUAGUGCAACAGAUGCACAUCGAGUUACUCCACGUAGGACAAACUGGACUUUUGAAUGCCAUGAGCGAUAUUGGCUUCUAA